AUGGAACGGCCCGAGCGGGCUGCGGCGGCGCCGGGCGCUCAGCCCCGUGCCAACGGCUGCAGCGGCGCGGUCCACGGAGGGCUCCGCAACGGCUACGUGCGCGGCCUGCCCGCAGCCGACACCCAGAUAGAUCACAUCGUGCACAAUGGAGGAUUAUACAAAAGACCUUUCAAUGAAGCUUUUGAAGAAACACCAAUGCUGGUUGCUGUGCUGACCUAUGUAGGCUAUGGUGUUCUCACACUCUUUGGGUAUCUGCGAGAUUUCAUGCGGCAGUGGAAGAUUGAGAAGUGUCAAAAUGCAAUAGAAAGAGAAGAACAAAAGGACUUUGUCCCAUUGUAUCAGGACUUUGAAAAUUUCUAUACCAGAAACCUCUACAUGCGCAUUCGAGACACCUGGAACCGUCCAAUUUGCAGUGUGCCAGGGGCCAAAGUGGACGUGAUGGAGAGAGUUUCCCAUGACUAUAACUGGACAUUCACGUACACAGGGAGAGUGAUAAAAGGUGUUAUUAAUAUGGGUUCUUAUAACUACCUUGGAUUUGCACAGAACAAUGGGACUUGCCAGCAGGCAGCAGCUAAAGUUCUGUCCCAGUAUGGAGCUGGGGUGUGCAGCAGUAGGCAAGAGAUGGGAAACUUGGACAAACAUGAGGAGCUGGAAAAGCUGGUUGCCAGAUUUCUAGGUGUGGAAUCUGCAAUGGCAUAUGGCAUGGGAUUUGCAACCAACUCUAUGAACAUUCCAGCCUUAGUAGGCAAGGGCUGUCUAAUUUUGAGUGAUGAACUGAACCAUGCAUCUCUAGUACUUGGGGCAAGACUGUCAGGAGCAGCUAUUCGAAUCUUUAAGCACAACAAUAUGCGAAGCCUGGAGAAGCUGCUGAAAGAUGCUAUUGUGCAUGGGCAACCUCGUACACGGAGGCCCUGGAAAAAAAUUCUUAUCUUGGUGGAAGGAAUAUACAGUAUGGAGGGAUCCAUAGUCCGUUUGCCUGAAGUGAUUGCCCUUAAGAAGAAGUAUAAAUCCUAUCUGUACCUUGAUGAGGCUCAUAGUAUAGGUGCACUGGGUCCUACUGGUCGGGGUGUAGUGGAGUAUUUUGGACUCAAUCCUGAAGAUGUGGAUGUUAUGAUGGGAACAUUUACCAAAAGCUUUGGAGCUGCUGGAGGAUACAUCGGGGGCAAGAAGGAGCUGAUUGAUUACCUCAGGACUCACUCUCACAGUGCUGUGUAUGCAACAUCACUAUCACCUCCUGUUGUGGAGCAAAUCAUCACCUCCAUGAAGUGCAUUAUGGGUGAAGAUGGUACAACUUUUGGGAGAGAGUGUGUGCAGCAGCUAGCAGAGAACACAAGGUAUUUCAGGAGACGACUGAAAGAGAUGGGCUUUAUCAUCUAUGGAAAUGAAGAUUCCCCUGUUGUGCCUCUGAUGCUGUACAUGCCAGCAAAAAUUGGUGCAUUUGGGCGUGAGAUGCUAAAGCGGAACAUUGGUGUUGUGGUUGUGGGCUUCCCUGCAACUCCCAUCAUCGAGUCCAGAGCCAGAUUCUGUUUGUCUGCAGCUCAUACCAAAGAGAUGCUUGAUACGGCUUUAAAAGAAAUCAAUGAAGUUGGGGACCUUUUGCAACUUAAAUAUUCCCGUCACCGUUUGGUACCUCUCUUGGACCGGCCGUUUGAUGAGACUACAUAUGAAGAAACAGAAGACUGAUCUCCCUCCAUAUGCCUUGGUGGGAGGGACAUACCCCCGUGGGACACUCUGUGGCAUGCAAGCCACAGUCUGUGAACAACACACUUCUGACUGCUUAGUGUAAAAGACAUUUCCUCUCAAUACUGAAGUGGCCACCAUCAACUCUAAAUGGCAUUUUGUAAAUAGAGAGAGGAGAAGGAGGAAAAAAAAAAAAAGCUUUGAUUCAUGUGUCUUCAGGGUCUGGCCCUAGAGGUGCUUGGCUUUAUUUCUUCACGUUGCUUUUUUUAUUUAUUUGUCUCAAUAAGUUCACAGCAAUCCACGUUGGCUGUGACUGAUGAGCUCAGUUUUUGUAUGCACCAAUAGCCUCCCAGAUGCUGGCUGAGAUGUUGUGAGCAUGUGUGAUGCUGGCAUGGCAGCAUUUCCAGUGUCACUGCUACAUGUCUGACCUUGUAGUAAGGGGUGAGCUGACCUGUCUGUUGAUUGGAGACUUCCUAGAGAAACUGUUGAUUGCUAACUUUGACAUAUUUAACAAGACUGAUAAUCAACCAAAGCUUUUUUCUUUUGCUGUUACUUGCUUAAAACUUGAAUAUAGCAUUUUUUAAAAUAAAUGUGUUGCUGACGCA